AAAGACAGAAAGAAAGAAAGAAAGAAAGAAAGAAAGAAAGAAAGAAAGAAAGAAAGAAAGAAAGAAAGAAAGAAAGAAAGAAAGAAAGAAAGAAAGAAAGAAAGAAAGAAAGAAAGAAAGAAAGAAAGAAAGAAGACCGAGACGAAGAAUAACACAACACGCGUGCACUGUACUAAGUGUCGUCCAUGUUGCUUGCGUUGGUGGUGAGUUCAACGCCACCAGUGGCAUUUGUGGCACCGGUUGGCCUCCCUUAAUUAAGGGGUGGGGGCCAGGCAUGAACUGUACGCCAAGUGUUUGUGACGCGAUGUUUGACCCUUCCGUGUGAUGAAGGAGCUGGCCCAACGUCGCGCCCUUUCGCUUAACCUCGGUGAUCUGACGGCAGCCGGCUGGUUCACCCAAUGUGCCUUCUACAGAGAGCUUUAGUCAAGCCUGGCCCGUGGCCAUUUGUGCCAGAACUGCAUAGUCUCUGCCUGUCUUUACGAGCAAAGCACAGAACCACAUGGGAACGUCGCUGUUCCGCUAUGUUCGUUGUCCAUUGAUUCGUUUCCGCCAGCACGAGCGCACGUGCUGAGAAGUUUGUCGGGGAAGCCCCUGCAGCUCCUCCCUCUUCCGUUCUUUUUUUUUUUUUUUAAUCGACGCUCGCGCUCGUCGAGGGAGGCCUCGGGCCCACCGGCGUUGGCUGAACGAGUUGGAUGUGGUGAAACCGGAUCCCCCUCUCUCGAGUACCCUCGCUUCUCUUUUGUGCGUUACUUGUUUCCUGCACUCUGGCAUCUAGAUUAGGCGUGAAGGUCGCGCAGAAGCAGCCGUCUCGAGAGUGGGGGUUGAGCGACAGCUCCUUGUGUUGAUUAUUUUCUUGUUACUUGGCCAUUCUCUAAGUGAUCCCUAUGUCAGGCUUCUCAUCCCUUUCUCAUAUCAGCUUACCCCUCCCUCGUAAUGUGCUGUUCGCUUUGCGGGCCCUUGUAGUUUCUGCGUCGACGCUGCGCCGCUAGGGAGAAAGGAACGACGCUUUCAAACGAGGCCGUUCGCCGGGUAGCGAACAGUCAAGGCAGCCGCAUCCAGGAAAGCGUCGUCUGACAGAGGACCCUGCCCGGUAGCUCCGAAACAUGGCGUUGACACGUCGAACCCUGGUUACGGCGGUGCUGCUGGUCGUCCUCGCCUCGAUGGCCGCACAGAGCUGGGCGCAGAACGCUCAACGAGCUCCCAGCCCAGCGAGGCCCGCGCACAGUGGAGGUCCGUCGUCCAACACCCGGUCGCAUUCGCCGACUCGCGGUGGCUCUGGCGCUGCCGACGCCCGGACGGACCGUCGGAGGCGGCCCGACCGACCGCGCACUCCGGCCGGUUUGCCCAACGCCACUUACGACUACUUCAUCCUCAGUCAGCAGUGGAGCCCCGGGAUAUGUGCCGCUGAACCACAAUGCGUCUCAACCAGCAAGAAAAACUACUGGACCAUCCACGGCCUUUGGCCUGCCGGUGACAACACUUCGCCAAGCUUCUGCGUAGACGAACAGUUCAACGGCCGUGUCCUUGACCCCAUUAAGAGGGACCUCAACAAGUACUGGCCUUCACUGACCAGUGCCGAAGCACGAUACUUCACGUUUUGGCGCCACCAGUGGCAGAAGCACGGCACCUGCGCCGGCGACGUUCCCGCACUGAAUGGCCUGUUCAACUUCUUCAACUCCACGCUCGCUGUCUACAAAAAGUACAACAUAUUCCAAUUUCUCUCGAACAGCCUUAUUAGGCCCAGCGUCGUCAGAACGUACUCGGCCGCAGAAAUCCGUAACGCCCUCUCAGACGACAUUCGAGAGAAGGUCAACAUCGUCUGCAGCCAAAGAGUUCCGAAUAGGGACGCGCCUGUUCUGACCGAGAUUCGCUUCUGCCUCAACAAGAAUCUGGAGACGGUCAACUGCCAAGGAAGGAACGGUGGCUGCGGACGUCGGAACUACUACCUGCCGGCGCGGCCGUAGAACCAUUUCAUCAUCAUCGGCGAAGACCAAAGACAAAGGCCACGAGACGAGAACGGACCGUUGUUUGCUGGAAGAAGCCAACGCUUUUUCCAAAGAACUAUUCUUGGUGUCGCGAAGAGGGAGCGGUGCUCACGGCUCUCAAAAGAAUGAGCUGGCGACAGUAAGGGUUGAAAUUUAUGUCGGCGCUUAACUUAGCCAGGAAUCUUAAUCGCUCUCCGGCGUCGAUUAGAAGGACACCAGUUAUUAUGGUUCCAUCAUAGACACGCUCGUGAAGCAAUUCAUUGAUUCAUGGGACUCUGUUAUCGUAAAAUGCCUUUUUUUUUUCAUCUCGCAGCCGUGUUUACCUUUCUCCAUUACGAUUCUACCUCUGCCUGAUCAAUAAAUCAUAUUCUUAUAAUUU